AUGUCGUCUGAUGACGAUUUCAGUGACGAGGGAGACAUUGUAUUUCUGAACGAGAUCAAACCCAGACGCGACUCAGGCAGUGCGAUCAAUCGCUUUUCUGAGGUGCGCAAAGUUGGACAGCGCACGCUGGAUGGCGGCGUUCUUGAGUUUCAGAACGGCAACGGGACCACAAUCUACGAGGAGAUUCGCGAGAAAAACAUCCGUUUCGGGCCCACCCACCAUCCAUUGAACUACAGCGCGCUUGAAACCUUUGUUUAUCCAACCAAUUACGAGGUCAGAGAUUACCAAUUCGAAAUUGUCAAACAGGCGUUAUAUCAGAAUCUGCUCUGUGUGCUACCCACGGGUCUGGGAAAGACGUUCAUUGCAUCCACGGUGAUGCUCAACUACUUUCGAUGGACACGUGAUGCCAAGGUGAUAUUCAUGGCUCCGACUAGACCCUUGGUUGCUCAGCAGAUCAAGGCCUGUUAUGGUAUUACGGGCAUUCCGAGCGAUCAAACGGCUAUUCUUCUCGACAAGACGCGACGGAAUCGCGCCGAAAUCUGGCGCUCAAAACGCGUUUUCUUUGCAACUCCCCAGGUGGUCGAGAACGACCUGAAGAGUGGUACGCUAAAUCCCAAAGACAUCGUGCUGCUAGUGGUGGACGAAGCUCAUCGAUCCAAAGGUGCGUAUGCGUAUACGGCCGUUGUGACGUACAUGAGGAAGUUCAACACAAGUUUCCGAGUUCUGGGUCUCUCCGCUACUCCUGGCUCUGAUGUUGAGUCUAUCCAAGAAAUUGUGGACAAUUUACUCAUAUCGCGAAUUGAGGUGCGCACUGAAGACAGCUCGGAUACUGCGAAAUAUAUGAAGGGCCGCGACAUUCUGAAGAUUGACUGUGAAGUCACUGAUAGCAUUGCAUUGAUUGUGGAGCUAAUUUGUGAGGCCAUUCUCCCCGUGCUUCGGAAAGCUAAUGGCAGCGGGAUCUACGACAUUACAGAUCCCUCGAAAAUUAACCAUUUCCAAGCCAUGGAGAAAUCCCAAAAAGUGAUCAAGAAUCCAACUCUGGCAGAGGGAAUUAAAUGGACGUAUUAUUUCCAGCUACAGCUACUGGGAACGGUGGGACAAUUGUUGCGACGACUCUAUGUUUAUGGUAUCCAGACGUUCUACUCGUAUUUCCUUGACAAGUUUACAGAGUUCACAACCAAGUAUGACAACAAGAAGUCGACCAACAAAAUAGCAGCCAGUUUCUACUACCACGCAAGAAUCAAGGAGCUGAAAAACAGGGUCGAGAAAAUGAUUGUCGAGGACGAGCAGAAGUCUGCAAAAGGCGAGCGCAUCAGAGGAGUCUUUUCGCACUCGAAAAUGCAGCAUAUGGUUGACGAGCUGGAAUCGUUCUUUGGCGAGACACAGAACCCAAAUUCCAAAGUCAUUAUUUUUACCGAGCUUCGUGAGAGUGCAUUGGAUAUUGUGAAAUGUUUAGAGUCUGCAAACGGCACCAUCCAUGCCAAAAACCCUAGCGGGCCAAGUGAAUUAUUCAAACCGCACAUUUUCAUUGGACAAGCAAGGGAAAAGGAGAAAUUUGACUCGGAAUCGUUUGCGAAGAAGCAUGGGCCCAAGCGGCGUGGCAAAAAUAAACAACCAGAACCCAAGAAAGAAACCAAGCCCAAGGUUGAGCUGAAACUUCGUCCCAAUGAUCGUGUUAGGAGCUCUGAGGAUGCACAGCUUCGAGGAAUGACACAGAGGGUGCAGAAAGAGCUGAUUGCGGAGUUCAAAAAGGGAGUGUACAACGUGCUGGUUGCAACCUCUAUAGGUGAAGAGGGAUUGGAUAUUGGAGAAGUCGAUCUGAUUGUGUGUUAUGACUCAACGUCUUCGCCGAUCAAGAACAUCCAGAGAAUGGGAAGAACCGGUAGAAAGCGAGAUGGUCGGAUCAUUCUGCUUCUGUCGAGCAAUGAGCGCGAUAAGUUCGACAAAGCCAUGGAUAAUUACAGCUGGAUUCAAACUCACUUGCAAGCUGGGAACAACAUUCGCUUCCAUCCGUCAGACCGUAUUGUUCCAAAGGGAUGUAAUCCUAGACCAGAGAAGAAACUUAUUGACAUUCCGAAAGAAAACGAGGAAAUAAUACAAGAAACAGACGACAGUGAUGCAUUUUUGCGGCUUGCGACACAGCUCACCACCAAGGGGAAGACCAAGAAGGGCAAGAAGGCUACUGAAAAACGCGACGAAGCGCAGCCCUCGAUUAAGUCGUUCUUCAUGCCAGACGGAGUGGAGACUGGUUUUCGAUCUGCUUCGAAGCUUGUCCGCCAGCGGCAGGAGGGAGAGGUACCAAGUGUCAAAAAGCGGCGGUUAUUGGACGACGUCUCGGAUUUGGAGGCAUCUGACGACGAGGAGGUGAAGCUGAGAGAGUUGUUCAGCUCCUCCAGCAGGGCACAUAGAAGCUCCAGCAUUUUGGGGUCCACUAUAGGACAGUCUAUUCUUCUUGCUAGCGAGGAGCCCGAAGAGCCAAAAUACGAGGGCGAAAAAGCGGUUCAGGAGCAGGACGACGUCUCGUCUAAGAGCGACACUCUGAAAGAGUCGAUUCUUAUUGAUCUGGACGAGUUUUCAGAGGACGAUCUGAGUGCCCUGAAGAGCGACUCUAAGAAGCCACGCACGUUUUCAUCUGACGAUCGUGAGUGCUUGGACGACAGCUUCACCGAAGACACAGAUCCCCCAUUAAUGAAGCACGAGAAAACGGGGGUCGCCGAGUCGAAUAAUGAAUUCAAAGAGGAAGCAUCCAUCCAAAACGAGAUUAUGAGUUUGAGGAGCCAAAUGAAGAACGUGAACUCUUCUCCUCGCCAGCUUACUCCAAUACCUGUCAGAGGCAAACCGGACCAGUCGCCGAUUUCGCGGCUCACACCGAUAAAACUCUCCAAAGUUCGAAGCCAGUCAGACAGGCGCACUGUGGAUCCCGUGUUCAAGUCAGAAUUCAGUCCAGAAGACGGCUACAUGACGCCUGAGCAGGAGCUUGAGUUCUACACGCGAUACUUUGUGAAAAUUCCUCCCUUGGACUUCAACCGGGUGGACAAUCCUAUCGGCUGCAUCAAGAGGGGUGCUCUAUGUGGAAACCUAGGGCACUCCUCGUCAGCUUCGUCUUUGAUUGGCGUAGUGACGCUAAUGAGCAACGAAAGAAAGUUGGACAAUUUGAAUAACGAAUUGCGUGACUACCACGAGAAAAAUCAGUGGAUCAACUUCAACGAUCAAACUCUUUUGUCUCGGAUUAUAUAUAAUGACUGA